AUGUCUGCCUCUAUAUCCGGGGGUGACCCACACCAGGCUGCCUCCAAACAGCGUAAGCGGCGAAUCAUCACACCAGCCCGCCAGGAGCAGAAUAGAGCCGCACAACGAGCGUACCGUGAAAGACAGAGAAAUCUCCGAAAGCGUGGUAUUGCUCAUGGCAGGCCAGCAAGAAAGCUUGAACCGCGGCUAUCAAGCCCUUCCUCAGACAGUUCAGCUAAUACUUUGUCCGGAACCAUAACUGAAGGGGACACACCUUUAUCUACGGAUCAUUUAUCGGCACUUGUCCGUAGAACUGACGAAAGCCCUAUAUCGUUCGCCGAUCCAUUGAUGAACGCCAUUCAGACUCCCCAAGACACCAUUUGGACGGCAAUCCUCAACAACGCUGUAUGUCUAGGAUUCGACCUUGAGCGACUAGCAGCAUGUACGGGGUCAUACAUGUCGCCGUUCUUCAAGUCAAUCACAGCACAAGAUAGUCCACAAGCUUUGGUCGCAUCCACAUUCAAUACAUCAGUGCCCAUCCAUCUCCAACCUACCAUGGCACAAAUCCUUGUCCCUCAUCAUGCCAGCCUAGACCUAAUUCCGCUACCGCUCUUUCGCGAGCGUGCCAUCAUGAUGGCUUUUGCAAUGCCGGAUAUAUUUGACCUCUGGGACUUGAAGUUGGAUAUUUACGAGCGGCAUGCACUUGUCUGUCGGCGUUAUAGUGCCGAGGGUACUUGUCAGCCGUGGGAUCAGAAGAGCUGGGAGGCUAUGCCGUGGUUUUUGCAGAAGUGGAGUGGUACAAACGCAGGAUAG